AUGCCUUCCACAGGCCUUGAAGAAGAUAAGACGACAUACAAUGACAAGUAUGUCGUUCUCUAUGAUUUCAGUGAGAUAGAUCGCGAUACUGCCGUCAAGGAAGUUAAAACUUUGCUUGAAGACCUGGAAGAAAUUGGUCUCCAUACAGAGGCAAGCAGGGUCAAAGAUUGGCUGUACGGAAUCGUGCCAAAUCACCCUGGUGGUGAAAAAAACUCUGUUGUCGAUGGAGCUUACGAAGCUGAGGACAUUCUCUCCGUCUAUCAUCUUGUCAACUGGUCGAAGGAUCUUGGUGGUGCUGGUAUCACACCCGAGAUUGGGCAGUGGAAAAAUGUCAAAGCCAUUUUCCCUUUGCACAAUCCCAAAGUCAACCAGUCUCUUCUCAGUUACCUGAGUAGACGGUUCUUUCUGACACAAGAUGAUAUUGACUCCAUCCGAAAUAUCCACGGCUCAAAGGUUGCAUUUUAUUUUGCCUUUAUCCAGGCGUAUCUUUUAUUCCUCACCUUCCCCGCCAUUACCGGAGUCAUCGCAUGGCUUUGGCUUCCACAGUACUCUCUCGCCUACGGCAUUCUGACUAGCGUCUGGUGUACCGUAUUUCUAGAAUACUGGAAAAUUCAGGAAAUUGACUACAGUCUCCGAUGGAACGUCAAGGGAAUCCAUCACCUCAAAGUUAACCGUCCGCAAUUCAAAUGCGAGAAAGUGUACACUGAUGAAACUGGGCGCAAGCAUUAUUACUUCCCUCGUUGGAAAAAGGUUGUUCGGCAGCUUGCCCAAAUUCCAUUUCUUCUUUUUGCGUUUUUCGCUUUGGGCAUCACCAUCAUUGCUGUGUUUGCUAUUGAGAUGAUGAUCUCGGAGACAUAUGCUGGACCUUACAAGGAGUAUCUGGAAUAUCUCCCUACAAUCCUUCUCGCCGUGUCCCUUCCGUACAUCACCUCAGCCCUUGAAGACGCGGCCGAGCAAAUGACGGAAUAUGAGAACCACCGCACAGCCGAUCUUCACGAAAUGUCACUCACUCAAAAAGUGUUUAUUCUUAACAUGUUUACAAACUACUUACCAAUUUUCCUUACAGCGUUUAUUUACAUUCCAUUUGGUGGCGAUGUAGUCCCCAGACUUGAAAGCAUCCUUGUCAAAGCUUUCGCCAGCGUCGGCAAGAAAUUCGUACACCAGCCGUUCCAUCUUGACGCCGACAGGUUGAGGAACGAAGUUAUUGCGUUGACUGUUACUGGCCAGAUCUCAGGAUUCUUUGAAGAGAAUAUUGUGCCGAUGCUGAAGCAUAGACUCUCAGGAUGGUAUAGAGAUUACCGACGAUCGCGCUCACAGGGCGAUAUGCUACUAGCCAUUGUCAAAGAUGAGCCCGAGGAAUCCGAUUUCUUGUCGCGUGUGCGCAAUGAAUCCACGCUUCCCAAAUACAAUGUCCAGGAUGACAUUGCCGAGAUUGUACUUCAAUUUGGUUACUUAGCUCUAUUCUCACCUGUCUGGCCCAUCAUUCCAAUGGGUUUCUUGAUCAACAACUGGAUCGAACUACGAUCUGAUUUCGCAAAACUUUCUCUUGAGCAUCAACGACCUGCUCCUGUGCGAUCAGACGGAAUUGGACCUUGGAUCUACUCUCUCGAAGCCCUUACUUGGCUCGGCAGUAUCUGCACCGCCGCCAUCGUUCACCUCUUCAGCAGCAACAAGAUGAAUGGCACGUUCGGCAGCUGGGCCGCACUCCCUGUAACCGUGUUCAUUAGCGAACACGUUCUUUUGCUCCUUCGCUCCCUCGUUCGAUUCGUUCUUCAACAGAUUGGUUCUGAGCGCAUCAGGGACGAUCACCAUCAGCGCUACGCGAACAGAGUCAAGCAUCUUGAGGAGAUGGAGACGAAGAGGCAAACAGGUCUUGCGGUACGUGAGGCCCAUCGGGAGCGUCGAAAGUCAGUCCUUGUGAUGGAGCAAGAUCCAUUCUGGACAAGGCAGGUUGAGAGCGGGGCAAGCGAGCUGGCAGGUGUCACUUUGAUUCAGCAGGUCAAGAAGAAUGAGACUCCAGGAGAUCAAGAGAAGACUGAUUAA